AUGUCCCAGCAGCCCCGUCACGUCCCCACGCACACAUCGUCGCCGUCGAAUCCCACCUCACGGCGGACCACGAGCGGUGGUGGUGUAGGACAGCCGCAGCAGCCGCAGCAGCCCUCGACAACAACAACGACAACGACUCCGACCACCCGCAGCCUCCUGCCCUCGCCGCACUUUGAAGACGACCCGAUCGUCGCCUCCCACCAACAGGCCAAACUCGGCCGCAGACCGAGCCUCACCCUCAACAACCCCGAGUACUCAGAGCACGCCGUGGCCGAGUCGGAACACUACAGCCAUGGCCUCGCGUCUGCUGCUGCCCAUCCCAUGGACGAGUUGCUGCCCAUCCCGUCCUUCCAGCCCUUAUUCACCCUGAUCGAGGACAGCGUCACGAACGAGCACUACCAUCCCACGGUCCACUACAUCUUCGCCGACGACGACGCCGACAUCAUCACCGAGGCUGCGUUGAGGAGCCUCGAGACACUGGAUCCUACCCAACGAGGGGAUCGGGUUGGUGCUGCUCCACAUGGACGACAGGGCCGAACACUCCCACACGCACACACAGACGGCCCUGGCGGUUCUCAGGACGACAGCCUCAACGCACCUCGCCUCCCUCCGUCCACGGUCGACAUGCGCGAGCACUACAUCAUCCUCGACGUGCACCCGCAACCUCGCACGCAGAACCCCCCGGACGACAACACCUCCGCAGGGGUCGGUUCCUCGGGCGGUGGUGCUGGUGGAACAAUCGGGUACAACUACGAGGUCACAGCCGCGCACAGCCUCAGCGCCGAAUGGCAGGUGUUGCGGACGAGCAUCUCGGCCGCGCCGACCAUUGGCGACGGCGUCCCCAGCGAAGAAGGAGAAGGGCUGAUGCUCCGGAUCGAGGGCCGAGGGAACACCCCCAGCGACCUAGCGGCGGCGGGGGGGGCCAGGGAGAAAGAGAAGGCCGUCGCGGCCGCCGGCAGCGGAGACGCCGAGCGGGAAAGAGAGAAGGAACGAGAGAGCAUGGAAGAGAUGAUUGAUCGGUUCCAACGCCGCCUGGACGAUAUCAGGAUGGUCAUCGAGGCCGGUGGCAUCAGUGGUGGGCCAGUCGGCGCGGCGGCGCUGGGCGGCGGCGGCGGCGAGGAGUGA